AAUAGGAAUCAUGCCUGCCAACGCUAAAAAGAGGGUCUUGUAAUAAAGAAUGGAAGGAGAAAUAUAAAAUAAAAACAAAAGAAAGAAAGAAAAGAAAAGAAAAGAAGCACAUUGCCAACCCAUCUUGCAGUCACAAAAUUGAAGGCAAAAAAGGGGUUCUUCUUCCCUCUCUCCCUCUCUACCUCUCUCACCCUAUCUACCCAAAUGAAAAAAACCUCAUCCUUCUCUUUUCCAUACUCAUACUUCAGCUGGCUUUUUUCAUGCAAGAUCCAAAGAACUCUCUUACAAGGUUCAUAUGAUUUAUGUAAAAGCCUAAGCCAUCAGUGAUCACUCCAAAUGACAAUUUCAAGGCAGCAUGCCUCUUACACAAUUGCCAAAAGCACAGCUAGAGAAGAUGCAUGAUGUGCAUUUCUUGCGCUCUAGGAAGCCUUGGUAUCAAAGAGCAAUACAAAUGGCUACUCAAUGGAAGACAAUUUCCAAGUCCACAGAAAUUCCACCAUCAUCAAAUGGCACAUUAUGGAAAACAGUUUCCAAGCCAACAGAACUUCCAACAACAAAUGCGACAUUGUGGAAAACCAUUUCCAAAUCCACGGAUCUUCCGUCGUCGACGACGUCGAUGACUACGGCAACUAGAGCAAACCCUAAUAGAGGGAAGUUGAGAAAAUGCACUUCCCUUAGGGUUGCUACUUCAUUUACCAGAGUAUGUCUUUGUGCUCCAAUAUCUUCCUACAAUGAAGUUUUUAGAGCUGAUGUUCCUCCUAGAAGAAGCAAUAGUUACCCUAGAUCAAAAUCAUUUGCUGCUUCACAAGAAAGAAUAAUGCAAAGUACUGCAAGACUUAGUACAGAAGGAAGAAGGGUUUUUAGAGGGAAAUCAUUGACAGAUGAUGUUUUGAUGAGGAGAUUUGUUGUUGAAGAAGAGGCAAUGAUGCAAGUUAGGAGGAGAAAUCAGAUGGAAGUUAUUAGAAAGAGAAGUAUGAUGAGAAGAAAAAAGCUUGGACCUAGCCCCCUUAGUAGAAUGGUAAUGGCUGAGGAGGAAGAGGAACAAGAUUAAUUAAUUGAUAAAAGGUUUGAAUGUUCAUUUAAUUUUUUUUUUCUCUAUUUUUCUUCAUUUUUUGAGGUUUGUAUUUGUUGCAAUUUUCUGCCAUUUAUAUUAGAUGGUUUUGGUUGGUGAAAA